AUGCAUACUGCAGAGACGGCCUGCGCGCCGGUAGAAAUGGGGUUUCUGCGCGGCGUCAUUGUUGGCUCCGGCUCGAGUGGCGCCACCCCUGCGCUGGGCUGCAUCACCGGCCCCACGCCCUGCGGCAACUGCGCCGAGGCGCACCGCGACCCACGGCGGAGCAAAAAUCACCGGCUAAACGUCUCCUUCCUCGUUCAGCUGCGACACCCGGCGGACGGCUCGCUGCACAACGUCCUCAUCGACUGCGGCAAAACCUUCCGCGAGGCGGCGCUGAAGGUGUUCCCCGCCGUCGGGGUGUCGGACCUCAGCGCGGUCCUCCUCACGCACGACCACGCGGACGCCGCGUUUGGCCUUGACGACCUGCGGGAGUUCAACCGACCCGACACCUCCCUUAACGUCUUCGCCGACGAACGCACGGAGGCCUCCAUGCGCCGUGUGUAUCCGUACCUCUUCCCAAAGGAUGGCCCCCCGAAGGUUGGGGAGUGGCGGCAGAAGAAGACAGGCUUUGUCGCCUCCCUCGCCUGGCACGUGUUUACGCCACUGCAGAAGCUCCUGCUGAGCAUUCGUGACCGCACCCCACCUAAUGGCAAUGGCGAGGCCGUGAUGGCUUCCUGGCCUAUCGUGCCCAUUGCCGUGCCACACGGCGGGAAUUACCUUGCGAAUGCCUUUCUACUACCAAUGCACCUCUCUGGAGAGAAGCCCCGUCUCCUGCUGUAUGUUUCUGACAUGAGCGAAUUGGAGGACAAGUUUUUUACAGACCUGACCCAGGCAAAGGAGUUGUUGGGCGUGCCAGGUUCGACAUCCGUAGAAGUUCUUCUGCUGGACAUGCUGUCGCACAGAACCUACUUUUCCCACCUCAGCGUCGAUGCCUCCAUCGCAGCUGCGCGCAGGAUUCAGGCCGGUAAAACGUACUUUGUUGGCAUGUCACACCUCCUGAACCACGACGAACUGACACGAGAGCUGCAGGGCCUGGGGCUGAGCAGUCAGAUGGAGGUGGGCUUUGACGGCUGCGUCGUAUGCACCGCCGAGGCCAGUGAUGCGCAGCGCUCCGUCAGCUCUGAGCUCUGA